GGCCCGAGAGCGGCCUCCCAUUGAAGCACCUGAAUCGCAGGCCUGGGGCCCGGGACAGUGGCGUCAGAUCCCCUCGCAGCCGCAGCGCUGGGGCCCGGUGUAGACGCUCCAUCCCCCUGUCUGUGUGCCCGCCUGCGUCCCCAGAUUCCGAGGCAGGUUAUCUCAGAAAAUCUAGGACUCCAGAAAUGUUUCCCUUGAAGGAUGCCGAAAUGGGGGCCUUUACCUUCUUCGCCUCGGCUCUGCCGCAUGACGUCUGUGGAAGCAACGGGCUUCCCCUCACACCAAACUCCAUCAAAAUUUUAGGGCGCUUUCAAAUCCUUAAGACCAUCACCCACCCCAGACUGUGCCAGUAUGUGGAUAUUUCUAGAGGGAAGCAUGAAAGGCUGGUGGUGGUGGCCGAGCACUGUGAACGAAGUUUAGAAGACUUACUUCGAGAGAGGAAACCCAUGAGCUAUUCGAAGGUUUUGUGCAUAGCGUUCGAGGUACUCCAGGGCUUGCAGUAUAUGAACAGGCACGGCAUAGUCCACCGGGCACUGUCUCCCCACAACAUCCUGCUGGACCGACAGGGACACGUCAAACUGGCUAAAUUUGGGCUCUAUCACAUGACGGCUCAUGGCGACGAUGUUGACUUCCCAAUAGGGUACCCGUCGUACUUGGCCCCCGAGGUCAUUGCACAAGGGAUUUCUAAAACCACGGACCAUGCACCAAGGGAGAGACCAUUGCCUUCGGGCCCCAAAUCAGAUGUGUGGUCUCUGGGAAUCAUCCUAUUUGAGCUUUGUGUGGGAAGAAAAUUAUUCCAGAGCUUGGAUAUUUCUGAAAGACUAAAAUUUGUGCUUACUUUAGACUGCGUAGAUGACACUGUAGUUGUUCUGGCUGAAGAGCACGGUUGUCUGGACGUUAUAAAGGAGCUUCCUGAACAUGUUAUAGAUCUUUUGAAGAAGUGCCUCACCUUUCACCCUUCUAAGAGGCCAACCCCAGAUGAACUGAUGAAGGACGCGGUAUUCAGUGAAGUGUCACCUUCAUACACUCCCUUCACCAACCCUGCCGGUCUGUUUUCAUCUUCUCCGAGAUGUGCCGAUUUGACUCUGCCCGAGGAUAUCAGUCAGUUGUGUAAAGAUAUAAACAGUGAUUACCUGGGUGAACGAUCUAUUGAAGAAGUUUAUUAUCUUUGGUGUUUGGCUGGAGGUGACUUGGAGAAAGAGCUUGUCAACAAGGAAAUCAUUCGAUCCAAACCACCUAUCUGCACACUUCCCAAUUUUCUCUUUGAAGACGGUGAAAGCUUUGGACAAGGCCGGGACAGAAGCUCACUUUUAGAUGAUACCACUGUGACACUGUCAUUAUGUCAGCUAAGAAACAGAUUAAAAGAUGUUGGUGGAGAAGCAUUUUACCCACUACUGGAAGAUGACCAGUCUAGUUUACCUCACUCGAACAGCAACAACGAGCUGUCUGCAGCGGCCACUCUCCCUCUGAUCAUCAGAGAGCGGGACACAGAGUACCAGCUCAACAGAAUCGUCCUCUUCGACCGGCUGCUGAAGGCUUAUCCAUAUAAAAAAAACCAGAUCUGGAAAGAAGCCAGAGUUGACAUCCCUCCCCUCAUGAGAGGUUUAACUUGGGCUGCUCUUCUGGGAGUUGAGGGAGCUAUUCAUUCCAAGUAUGAUGCGAUUGAUAAAGAUACCCCGAUUCCUACAGACAGACAAAUUGAAGUAGAUAUUCCUCGCUGUCAUCAGUAUGAUGAACUGUUAUCAUCGCCAGAAGGCCACGCAAAAUUUAGGCGUGUCUUGAAAGCCUGGGUUGUAUCUCAUCCUGAUCUUGUGUAUUGGCAAGGUCUCGACUCCCUCUGUGCUCCAUUCCUGUAUCUAAAUUUCAAUAAUGAAGCCUUGGCUUAUGCGUGCAUGUCUGCGUUUAUCCCCAAGUACCUGUAUAACUUCUUCCUGAAAGACAACUCACAUGUAAUACAAGAGUAUCUGACUGUGUUCUCUCAGAUGAUCGCCUUCCACGACCCCGAGCUGAGUAAUCACCUCAAUGAAAUCGGCUUCAUUCCAGAUCUCUAUGCCAUCCCUUGGUUCCUCACCAUGUUUACGCACGUAUUUCCAUUGCACAAAAUUUUCCACCUCUGGGAUACCUUACUGCUCGGGAAUUCCUCUUUCCCAUUCUGUAUUGGAGUCGCAAUUCUUCAGCAACUGCGGGACCGCCUGUUGGCUAAUGGCUUUAACGAGUGCAUCCUUCUCUUCUCGGAUUUACCAGAAAUCGACAUUGAACGCUGUGUACGAGAAUCGAUCAACCUUUUCUGUUGGACUCCUAAAAGUGCCACUUACAGACAGCACGCUCAGCCUCCAAAGCCAGCUUCCGACAGCGGGGGAGUCAGAAGCUCUGCACCGUAUUUCUCUGCUGAGUGCCCUGAGCCUCCAAAGACAGAUCUGUCGAGAGAAUCCAUCCCAUUAAACGACCUGAAGUCAGAGGUGUCGCCCCGGAUUUCAGCAGAGGACCUGAUCGACUUGUGUGAGCUCUCGGUGACCGGCCACUUCAAAACACCGCCCAAGAGAACCAAGUCCGGUAAGCCGAAGCUGCUGGUGGUGGACAUUCGGAGCAGUGAGGAUUUCACGCGGGGCCACAUCUCCGGCAGCAUCAACGUCCCGUUCAGCUCUGCGUUCACUGCGGAAGGGGAGCUGGCCCAGAGCCCUUGCGCCGCCGUGCUGCAGAGCUUCCGGGGGAAGGUCAUCGUCAUCGUGGGCCACGUGGCGAAGCACACCGCCGAGUUUGCAGCUCACCUCGUGAAGAUGAAAUAUCCGAGAGUCUGCAUUCUAGAUGGCGGCGUGAAUAAGAUCAAGCCCACAGGCCUCCUCACCGUCCCGUCUCCUCAGAUAUGAAGAAGCACGACCAUGACUCCCGAAGCACAGAGUGGCGCCAGCACUUCACAGCCGUGCUCGCAGCCCUGCCACCUGAGGACCCAACUCGACACCCGGUUUGCUCCCCUGAAGCAUUGUCACGAGGUGUUUUGUAGCUGGCGUGACCCAGACGCUCAGCUGUCCGGGCCAGAAACGUGGCUGCACACGUACGGCCACAGGGAGAUCCGAUCCUGUAGCUGUGCCACACUGCCACGUAAAGCCGAGCACUCCCACCGACAGGGCAGGCCGGCAUGUCAAGAAGUCCCACUCGUACUGAAGACGCUGUUCCUCGCCGAGUGGGACAGACAGCCCUAACGAAGGUAUUAGUAAAAGCACAGGUUGAAUGUGGGCUGAGGUGGUCUUUCUGUGACAGUGAGAAAAGGCUAGUCAUAAUGCAUUCCUUAUAAAUAAAUGCUAAAUGUGACAACUGCA